UAUCAACGGUACCGAGAAAUCUAUGGUUCGCGUCACGUAUAUUUGUGGAUUUUCAGCACUGCCGGCGAACUGAGGAGAACAUUCCUCGCUACAAGUUUGUUUUACUUCGCGUCGCCUCGCGUUGUUGGUCUGUUGAGGUUAGGUUAGGUUACAAAACUGUCUGCGUGCGAAGAUAAAAAUUUCUCCUCGGGCCACGUAGAAUUUCUUAAGAAAGACUGCGAAGACAAUCUAAGGCAAUUUUAGAUCCGUGCCAAAAUAACCGCAAGGAACUUUUGGGUUUGCGACACAUUAAAUUUCCAAAAAAAAAAGAAAGGUCUCGUCAGCUGCGUUGCGUCGAAAUGCCGUUGAUUGUGGUAACUGGCAUACCGUGCAGCGGCAAAACGACGAGAAGCGUCGAGCUGAAGAGCUACUUCGAGGAGAAGUUAAAGGACAGCGGACAGAGCGUGGAGAUUAUCAGCGAGAGCGACGCGAUAAGCCAGGCGGGCCACGAUAAAAAUGUAUACUUCGCUGAUUCGAAGAAGGAGAAGGCCGUCAGGAGCUCGAUAAAGUCCGACGUUCAACGUAAACUGGACUCGAACGACUUGCUGAUACUCGACGGCAGCAAUUACAUCAAGGGAUACCGAUACGAGGUCUACUGCACGACGAAAUUGUACAAGACUCCCCAGUGCACGCUGCACUGCAACCUGCCGAUCGAACAAGCCUGGAUGUGGAACAACCAACGACCCGAGUCGGACCGGUACAACGAGGAGAUCUUUGAGUCGCUUGUGUCCAGGUACGAAGCGCCGGAAAGUACAAACCGAUGGGACUGUCCACUUUUCACAGUUUUGCCGGAGGACGAUCUAACGUGCGAUGAAAUUCACCGCUACCUCUACACGGGCAAAUUGCCGAAACCAAAUCUGAGCACCCAGAACCCGCCGUUGGCGUCCACGAAUUAUCUGUACGAAUUGGAUAACGUGACGAAAGAUGUGGCAAACGCGAUAUUGUCGAUGGGACGACUGGGAGUGAGCAACGAUAUAAAAAUACCAGGCUCGAGCGUCAACUUGGAACGCGCGCCCGCACCGUCGAGACUCGCGAUGUUACGAAGGCAGUUUAUACAGUUUAAUAAGAUGCAACAAAACAGAGUUGGCCAAACCGCGACGUUAUUUGUACAAUAUCUCAAUAAUAAUGUAUGAUAAAACUGAA